AGUGCGAGAUGGACGGCACACUCAUGAUCUCGCCGAUGUCAGAUUCGAUCUAGGCGUGUACGAAUGCAUGGCUAAGAAUCCGCGGCGAAGUCAAAUCCAGGACUGCUAAGAUGAUCUACAACAAGCGAUCUGCAAAACCACACUUUACACUGACACCACACGACUAUGACUCCGAUGAAGGCUCGACUAUAACAUUGGAUUGUGCUGCAGCCGGUCAACCAAAACCAGAGAUAGCUUGGACCAGGGAUGAUCUGCAACUUCAAGAAUCUCCCCGCUUCAAGAUUUCACCUGAAGGAACACUUACAAUAAUCAAUCUGGAACGUGAGGACACUGGAACCUACAAGUGUACAGCCAGCAACUAUAUUGGCAUCAUCACUGCUGUGGCUCAAGUGAGAGUCAAUGGAUCGGAAAUCGUCUUAUUUCCAAAAGUUCUUCCGACGUUCGUGACAACGCCAGAAAAUCUGACAACGAAAAGUGAAGUUUGGCAAGACUGCGGUGCGUAGCAGAGGGUUCUCCAGCUCCUGUCAUCACGUGUUCAAGGAUGGCAACACUGUAACUCCAGCGACACGUUCUCAAUAC